CCCCCUUUAAAAUAACAACUCCGAUCAGGCCGGCCGGGGGUGGGGGUUAAAAAAAAAAAGGAUUUGUACCCGGAAAAAAAAAAGAAAAGAAAAAAAAAAUCAGCCCCUUCCCCUCCAGUAAAAACGUUUCGACCGUCGACGAUGCAGGCACGGUACCCGGUGUCAGAUCCCAAUGCCCUCGGAGUCGUGCCUUACCUCAGCGAGCAGAAUUAUUACCGAGCCACCGGCAGCUAUGGCCCGAUGCCCACCUCGAUGGGUGUGUAUUCGGGGCACGACCAGUACACCACGGGCAUGGCCAGACCCUACGGACCGUACCACCACCACCACCACCACCAUCACCACCAGCAGCAGCAGCAGCAGCAGCAGCAGCACCCGGCACCCAAGGACCUGGUCAAGCCUCCCUACAGCUACAUCGCCCUGAUCACCAUGGCCAUCCAAAACACGCCCGACAAGAAGAUCACUCUGAACGGGAUCUACCAGUUUAUCAUGGAUCGCUUUCCUUUUUACCGGGAGAACAAGCAGGGCUGGCAGAACAGCAUCCGCCACAACCUGUCCCUGAACGAGUGCUUCGUCAAAGUGCCCCGGGACGACAAGAAACCGGGCAAAGGCAGCUACUGGUCGCUGGAUCCGGACUCGUACAACAUGUUCGAAAACGGCAGCUUCUUGCGGAGGAGGAGGCGCUUCAAGAAGAAAGACGCGGUGAAGGAGAAGGAGGAGAGGGACCGUCAGCAGAAAGACCCCAAGGCGGGUCAGACCCCCGUCUCGCAGCCCGACGCCCCCUCGAAGGACGACAGGAAGGUCGUGGUGAAGAACGAGGCCGUCUCCCCGGGUUUGCCCGUCGUCGUCACCAAAGUGGAGGCGAUGGAGAGCUCGGAGAGCGGCAGCGCGAUGCAGGACAGCCCGAGAAGCGGCGCCUCCACGCCCUCGGUCUCCACCGAAAGCUCCAUCCCGGAUCACCAGCAGCCGCCCGGCAACAACGGCCUGACCGGCUUCAGCGUGGAGAAUAUCAUGACCUUAAGGACCUCCCCGCCCGGGGAGCUCAGCCCCGUCUCCAACAGGACUGGGAUGAUGUCCUUGUCUGCGCACUACGCGCACGCACAGCAGCCCAUCUACAGCCCAGCCUGCAGCCAGAGCCUGGACUCCAACGGGGGUUACCAGUGCAGCGUGAGAGCCAUGAGUCUGUACGCCGGGGACAGGAACAGCCACAUGUUGGUGCCCGGCACCGUGGAGGAUGCCAUGUCGGACCACUCGGUCAGCGCCGGCUCCCCGUUGAACGCUAUGAACCUGAGCGCCGGGCAGGAGGGUGGUCUGGGCUCCGGCCAUCACCAGCAGCAAAGCGGAGGCGCAGGACAAGCCGCCUCCUGGUACCUGAAUCACGGGGCAGAGCUGAACCACCUCUCGGGGCACUCGCUGGGGGGCCAGCAACAGGCUUUCCCCAAUGUCCGGGAGAUGUUUAAUUCCCAUCGGCUCGGCCUUGAGAGCUCAGUCCUUGGUGAUCAACAGGUGAGCGGCAACACGAGCUGUCAGAUCCCUUAUCGAUCGACACCUUCACUUUAUCGCCAUUCGGGCCCCUAUGCCUACGACUGCAAUAAGUACUGAUUGAGAGAGAGAGAGAGAGAGAGAGGGAAAGAGAGAGAGA